AUGAGAUGGCUCGCCCUUCAGAUUUGCAGACGGCUCGCACAGUCGCACCACCGACCGAUACAAACUUUGAAUUUGAAUUAUCAGCCCGUCAUGCCAUGGCAUAUCCUAAGCUUAUGCCCUGUAGAUCUCAUCUCCUUCGGUAUCCGGACUCAAAUACUACCCCACACCGCGUCCAACAUUGCUGCGAGAAACACAGAAGAAACAACCUCGCUAGCUGUGGCCAAACCAUGCUUUUAUUCAGCAAGAACGAUGUCUAGAGAGGAAUCACAAUCGAAAUACUGUGAUUCUCGACUAAGACGGUUGGUCAUCGAUGGCUGGACAAGAGUGCCAAUCUCUAACGAUCUUGCGGCUGCUCUGAUCUCUCUUUAUCUUGAGACCGACCACACCCAUCUGGGGUUUUUUGACGCCGACCUCUUCAUUCAAGAUCUCGUCGAUCAUCGUCUCAGGCAUUGCUCCUCAUUUCUUGUAAAUGCUGUCUUGUAUCUGGGCGCUGUGAUGUACACGUCGACAGAUGCCAGUACAUGUUACCUAGCCCAAGCCUUUUUACAAGAGGUAGAGCUGCUGUGGAUUGCCGACAUCUCUGAUGGAUCUCACGUAACACUGGCAGCAAUGAAUAUUUUCAGUUUAGGCGCGUUCUUUGAUGGUCGUGACAAGCUGAGCCAGCAACUCCUCAGAGCCAGUCGCCAUCUUGCUUGGAAAAUGCGCCUCCUUGGAUAUCCGCCAACGGAUUCCGACAUUCAGAAAUUCCAAAAUAAGGCGCCAGAUGAGAUAAGAGCCGUUUCUCACGUCGCUUGGGGUACUUACAACUGGCUAACUAGCCACGUGUUUUUUUACCAUAAUGAACCGGUAGAAUUUUCCCCAUUCUUGCCCAUCCCAGGGAUCACAGCCGACCAUGCGCCUGAUGAUCGCACAACCACCGAGACAGCAGGGGGUGGAAAAUGGCCGCCUCACCCACUGCCGCCAUGGAUGGGGUCAACCUUCCCCAGCAUGUGCAAACUCUUCACUAUUGCACAAGAGGUGGGCAUGAUGUACUUUGUUCCAAGUGAUACGCCCUUAAAGGACCGCGUACCCCUAAGCUUCGCGGAAGCCAAGUAUCAAAAGUUGCUUUCCUGGAUGGACACUCUCAAAUCAGAUAUGGCCCGCGAGCAGAAUAGCCCUGAUCACCUUGUGAUGUUUCACAUGUGGUUUCAUAGUCUCACAAUCGACAUUUUUCGACCCUUUGUUCAGGACGAAAAUGAUCAACGCCUCGGCUCCUUCGCUUCCACAGAUGGCACCCCAAAAUCCAUAUUCACCACUUCUGUAAAACACUUGAAGCGGCUGGCGCUGAAUUACAACUCCAGACAAGCAUCGAACCCGAUUAGUCCGUUCAUCAACACGUCGCUUCUACACAUUGCCAACGUUGUCAUCAAGGACACAUGCGACGUCGACAGGAGGUUCUACAUCAUCAUGUGUGCGCGGUACUGGCAGGAGCUUUACGUCGGGUACCCCAUGAUUCUUAGAAUAGCACAAGGCCUAUUGCCGCUGGCGAUGACCCAUAAUCUGCUUUCUUCAGAGGAAACAGCCUAUCUCCUGGAAGAGAUGCGCUCUAGAGGUAAACACCAUGAGAUGGAUGAUCGUGAGAUUGUAUGUAAUGUGAUUGGCGACUAUGAGCUUGCAAUGGAUGAUGACAAAGGUGCUCACAUGGAAGCCUUGGCUCAAAAGUUCAAGGCCAUGGGUUGGUAG